GACGGCCCAUUUCCUGCGCGGAUGGGGCCGGCGGGGGGCGGCGGCGGGGUCGGUCCCUGACGGGCUCGGUGGCCGCCGGGAGCUCCGUCAGGCAGCGAUGCGGGUCCCGGGCCCUGCCGGUAGGCGGCCCCCGCCGUGAGCCGCCCCGCGGGGAGCCGCUGGGGCUGCGGCAGGCCGGCCGGCCGGCGCUGCGGGGUGCAUGGGGGCGCCCCCCGCCCGCAGAGAGGUGUGACUCCUCCGGAGGACGGCGCUCGGCCCCGCAAGGCCAGCGGCCCGCGGAGCCCCUCGGCCGGGCUCCAGGAGCCAAAAAAAAAAAAAAAAAUUAAUAAUAAUAAUAAGGAGGGGGCGCGGGCCCCUGAGGAGAGCAUCGCCCCCCUUCCCAGGCGGCUGCUGCCUCCUGAGAGAUGAAGAAGUUUUUCGACUCGCGUCGGGAGCAGGGUGCCUCUGGCCCCGGGUCGGGCACCAGCGGCGGCGGCGGCGGCAGCGGAGGCCCCGGCAGCGGGUACAUCGGCAGGGUGUUCAGCAUCGGCCGCCACCAGGUGACGGUGGACGAGGUGCUGGCCGAAGGUGGAUUUGCAAUAGUGUUUCUUGUGAGGACUAACAAUGGGAUGAAAUGUGCCCUGAAGCGUAUGUACGUCAAUAACGAGUACGACUUGCAAGUCUGCAAAAGAGAAAUCCAAAUCAUGCGGGAUCUGUCUGGCCAUAAGAACAUUGUUGGAUACAUUGAUUCCAGUAUAAACUCAGUAAGCAGUGGCGAUGUGUGGGAAGUGCUGAUACUAAUGGACUUCUGCCGAGGAGGGCAGGUGGUGAACCUCAUGAACCAACGCCUGCAGACAGGUUUCACUGAGAAUGAGGUCCUGCAGAUCUUUUGUGACACUUGUGAAGCCGUAGCGAGGCUGCAUCAGUGUAAAACACCAAUAAUCCACAGGGAUCUGAAGGUUGAAAAUAUCCUGCUGCAUGAUCGUGGCCACUAUGUCCUGUGUGACUUUGGAAGUGCCACUAACAAAUUCCAGAACCCUCAAACAGAAGGGGUGAAUGCGGUAGAGGAGGAGAUCAAAAAGUACACUACGUUAUCCUACAGAGCACCAGAAAUGGUCAACCUGUAUAGUGGCAAACUUAUUACUACAAAAGCAGACAUAUGGGCACUCGGCUGUUUGCUGUAUAAGUUGUGUUACUUCACCUUGCCGUUUGGGGAGAGUCAGGUGGCAAUCUGUGAUGGCAAUUUCACCAUUCCAGAUAAUUCUCGGCAUUCGCAAGACAUGCACUGCCUCAUCCGGUAUAUGCUUGAACCAGACCCUGAUAAGAGACCUGAUAUUUAUCAGGUCUCCUACUUUGCAUUCAAAUUGGCAAAGAAGGAAUGCCCGGUCCAGAACGUCCAGAACUCUCCAAUCCCUGCUAAGCUCCCAGACCCAGUCAAAGCAAGUGAAGCUGCUGCAAAGAAGAGUCAACCCAAGGCCAGGUUGACAGAUCCCAUUCCUACGACAGAGACGUCCAUAGCACCCCGCCAGAGACCUAAAGCAGGACAGACACAACCCAACCCUGGAAUUUUACCCAUUCAGCCAGCCCUCACGCCUAGAAAGAGACCCACAAGCCAAGCAGCAAUUCAGCCACAAGUUGCAGGGCCUGCUGCCUUGGGCAGUGGUCAGCCUUCCCUCCCUGCAAGUGUUCCCCAGCAAAAAGCAGCACCUCAACAGACUCCGGCACAGCCACAAGCCAAACAAGCUCCAGCUCCCCAGCAGGCAUCACAGGCACAGCCCCAGGUCCCUUCUGCUCAGCCACAAGCCACACCUCAACACCAACAGCAGCUUUUCUUGAAGCAGCAGCUACUGCAGCAGCAGCAGCAACAGGCUGCAUAUUACCAGCAGCAGCAGAUGAUGCAAGCUCAGCAGUUCCCAGUGAUGCAGCAAGGAGCACCAGCACAGCAGCAGCUGAUGCAGAACUACUACCAGCAGCAGCAACAACAACAGCAGCAGCAGAUGAUGGCCCAGCAGGCAGCAAUGCAGCAGAAGACAGCAGUAGCAGCAGUUCAGCAAAAGCAACAGACUCCAGCACCUCCACAGACCCAGCAAAGUGCGGCCCAGCCAACGCCACAGCAGGAACAAGUGAUGCAGGCACAAAUAAGGCAACAACAAAAACCUCAAACCACACCACCUACAGCAGUUCAGGGGCAGAAGCUGGGUUCUCUCACCCCUCCAUCCUCCCCCAAGACACAGCGUGCAGGACACAGGAGGAUUCUGAGUGAUGUGACCCACAGUGCUGUUUUUGGGGUUCCAGCCAGCAAGUCUACCCAGCUCCUGCAGGCAGCUGCUGCUGAAGCCAGUCUCAACAAGUCCAAAUCUGCUUCCACUACGCCCUCGGGUUCCCCAAGGACCUCACAGCAGAAUGUCUAUAACCCACCUGAUGUCUCCACAUGGAAUCCAUUUGAUGAUGAUAACUUCUCCAAACUCACAGCUGAGGAGCUGCUGAACAAGGACUUUGCAAAGUUGGGCGAUGGAAAAGCUCCAGAAAAGAUGGGCAGUUCCACAGAGAACUUGAUUCUGGGUUUCCAGCCGGCUUCUUCUGCAACUCAGCCAGAUGCAUUUGGUGGCUCUUCUUCCUUCACUGCUGGAACAGCUGAAAAAACGAAAGACAUUCUGAAUUUGGACACUAGCCCUCCUCUUCUGACUGUGCCUGAUCCUUUCAUUCCUCUCCCAUUAUCCGACACACCAGAAAAACUGAUUGAGGGGCUCAAAUCUCCUGAGACUGCGCUUCUGCUCCCUGAUAUCCUGCCUCUCGCUGACCCCUUCGGUAGCACGUCAGAUGCUGUGAAUGGAAAACCUGACGUAGCUGUUGAGAGUCUCAUACCGGGCCUCGAGGCUCCAUUGCCCCAACGUCUUGUGUCGCAGACUGACUCGGUUGCUUCCAACAGAACAGACUCUCUCACUGGGGAAGACUCUCUGCUUGACUGUUCUCUGCUUUCUAACCCUGCUGCUGACCUCUUGGAUGAGUUUGCUCCUGUAGCUUUCACGGCUCAACCUCACAAAGAAGAUACUAACCUGAUAGCAGGCUUUGAUGCUCCUGAGGGCUCUGAAAAAGUGACAGAAGAUGAGUUUGACCCAAUUCCAGUGUUGAUAUCCAAAAAUUCACAAGGUCUGCAGAGGGAUCCAGCCCUAUUUCCAGUUGUAGCUCUUGAUCUCUGUAAAGGACCUUCUGGCGGUGAUGGACUUGCUUUGUACAGAGGUCAGUCUGAGAUGCUAGAGGUGAAAACCCAGCACAACUCAGAGUCAGACUACUUAGCAAGAGACGGUCCUUCAAGCAACAGCUCCUUCUACAGCAGUGAAGGAGAGGGGACAGACCAUGAAGGAGAUAUUUUGGAUUGUAGUGGGUCCAGGCCUUUACUGAUGGAUUCAGAAGAGGAGGAGGAAACCUGCAAGCUGGGCCCAGGGUUCCUGCAAGCUGGGCCCAGGGAGAGACGGGAGGCUUCCAAAGAUGCCCACUCCCAAUCUUCCCAGGCCAGAGCAGGGGAGAUGCCAUUCCCUGCCUUCCAGUCGCACUCUGGGGAGGUUUUUAAUGAACCAGAUGUUUUUGCCACGGCUCCUUUCCGAAGCUCGAGAAAAGUGCCUGAUGAGGUGGAUGUCUUUACCAAAGCUCCUUUCAUCUCCAAGGGCAAUAUGGCUCACAGACAUCCAGAAGAAGCAGAUGUGUUUCUGAGAGCCCCUUUCACAAAAAAGAAAAGCAUGGAAGAGUUGACUUCUCAUAGCAUGCCUAAGGAACAGUUCACACCUCCUGUUUUCAUAAGUCAAGCAGGCGAUGUCCAACACAGAGCCAGCCCUAUGUUCCAAAGCCUGGAUACAGCAUUUCGUGGGUCCACGGCCUCGGCAAGACCUCAGUAUCCCUCUGCAGGCUUUACUCAGCCGACCAAUCUUCCUCCUUCUUCUGUAAGAGCGAUGGAGGCCCAGGAGAACAUCGCUUCUAAAGGUGUGCAGCCCGACCACAGCGGCAUGCCCAGUGAGAGGAACCAAGGACAGGUGCUCCCACAAGAAGCCAUCCUGGGCUCCAUGGUUAACAAGCCUUUCCGUCCACAAUCCUUGUCAAAAUACUCCCGUCACUACAGUCCAGAAGAUGGGCAAGGUCUUGAAGUCAAACCCAUAGCUGCUUACAAAGUGGUUUCUCAGACCAACAGACAGGCAAUAGCAGGAUCUGUCUCUGUUGCCCCUCUGUCUUCCAGGACUACGGAACUGCCCGACGGGGAUCCUUUUGCUUCAGCACCCUUUCCUUCCAAAGCAGGAAAGCAAAAGCCUUAAUCUGCUGUGAGCUGGGAGGUGUGCUUCCUGUAGAACACCUCUCACGGGACCUCUUAGUUGAAUUGAAUGACAUAGCAAUAUAUAUAUAUUAUUAUUAUUUGGUCAGAACUCUAUUUGCAGUGAUACAUAGUUGAACCAUUUUAAGUUAUGUUAGCUAAUCUGAAUGCCUGGCUCUCAGGAUCUUCAUAUCCUUUUCAAUUGCUUCUUACCUUCCUCCUCUCACUGCCUUCCACGCCACCCUCAGUUAUUUUUAGAUGCUUUUCCAAAACAGUAAUAUUCCAUACUUUCUGGCUGGGGAAAGGCAUUAUAAGAUGAAUUAGAAGGAUUAUUCAUUACAGAGCAAGUCAAGCGGGACUGGCUCAUGCUCUGGCAAAGAAGUGAUUUCGCAUGUUGAAGGGUUAUUGGGACUCCGUUCCCAGCAGUGGGGGCUUCUGGAGGACAGCAAGGUGACACGUUCUGCUGCUGGUAGCACUGGCAAGCUUGGCAGCUGAGGCUCCAGGGUCAUUCUGUCACGUACAGUGCGUGUUUGUGGGUUUUUAUGCACAGUAGGCAAUGCCUAGCACCAGGUCUAUGCAGUGCAGAGGUGAGCAGAACAGUGGCAGUGCACGUGCAGCACCUCUUAGCUCGCUGCCAUGUGCAGGGCACAGUGUGUCAGCGCCCGGAGCAGUCGGUAGGAGGACUCGGUGCCUUCCACUGCUUGUCUUUCAGACGCUCGAGAAUUGAAACUUCAGCGUAGCAAUCUGUCAGGCUGCUACCACUGCUGUUACUAGGAAAAUCAAAAGAUCAAGCAAAACUUUGACAUGCAUGUAUCUUAUCUGGUUUAUGCCAAAGCGUAGGACCCAGAAAUUUGCUUUUGUUGUUGUGAAGGAGAGAGCUGUGCAUUAUUACAGUAUUAAAAAUAUGCCUGAUGGAAAAGUUUAUUAUGGAAACAACCUGACAGAUGUCCUGAUCUGCAUACCUCAUUUGGUGUAAUCCUGCAUUGGGUGCAAUCCGGUUAGACUGAUAUAUGCUAGCAGAGAACUUGACUCUAGUUUCAUCAGUUCUGCCUUUUGUUUUCUUAUCAAUCAAGAUGAACCCAAACAAAAUCUACUCACUCUUCUCUGGUAACAUUUGCUCUACUUCAGAAAUCUUGUGCUUCCUACCGUAUUCCCAAAGAGAAAGACAUCUUCUUCCUGUUUGUUCUGCCAUUGACGUAGUGAAUCCCCAUAUAGUGUUUGGUGGGAAAAUAGUCUGGAAGGUUUACUCCAGCUGUUUGUCACCUGCUGGCCGCUAGGCAGAAAUAAAGUAGACUUUGCUCCCCUCUCUUCACAAUAAUACAAGGCAGAGAUAAGAGUGAAACCUCCUGCCUUUGUUUUUGCAAAGUGCCUGUUGCAUUGCUUGUCUUGGUCCUGCUAUUUCUGGCCAGCGGCAGCUAUGUAUUUGUAAGUGUUGUCUGGUUUCAAAGCGUGCAGGUGCAGGGCUCUUCAGGCUCGCAGUCACUCAUGCCUCUGUAGUGCAGUGGUCCUCCGUCCUAACAGGUGCUGAUGCUGCAGAAGGUCUCCCAAGAACAAUCUCCAGUUGUUUUGUUUGCAAGGGCUUCCCCAUUGACUUCAGGAGUUUCUGCCAAGCCCCUCGAAAGCCUUGCAGUGACCAUUUCCCAAGUGAAUUUGAUCCUUAUCCUGUAAGCUGGAGCCUUGCGCAAAGGAUAAAGGACAGAUUUUGCCUUUGGGGCUCUCUCACAAGUGGCUUCGAGCUUUUGUGGGGGAGUUCUUGGAGCUGGCUGCUGAGGUAGGUUGCUGUGGUCAGGACCUGCUGCGAAUGGAGCAGGUUUCUGUCCUGCCCUCUUACCGAUGUGCUUGUACUCAGAAGAUUCAGGACUACUGUCCCACUAGGGGAGGGAAGGGCCGAUGUAACUCCUUGUAAUGUGCUGGAGUCACACCAGUGAAAGCUGCUGCAGCCAAAUUCAGUCUAGUUUUUUUGGGGAAAAAAGACACCACCUCCAUCCAUAGCUUUGACUGAGGUCCAGAUAAUAAACAUUAAAGGAACUCAGCGAGCUAGUUACAGAUGCAUGUGAAGACUGCUCAAACAAAGCAGAGCAGUGCACAUGAACGGGAACACAGUGCAGGUCUCUGCUGAAUUUUCAGCCCUGCAGUAAGGGGAGGGUGGAUGGAAAAGUCCGGAGCACCAGGAGAUGACAAGCAAAGCAUGUGCAGAUAGGAGUUACCAACUGCUCUGCGUUCCCCAUCCCCUCCCCAGUCUCAGUUCCCUUCCAAAACCUGCAGUUGCAAGCAAUAAGCCAAAUGUUACUGCAGGGAGCACUCAGCAUUGGGUUUGCCUGGAAGACAGAGAGAGAAAGUGGAACUGAGGUGUUGAAAGCCCUGCGGAAGGGAGGGACAGCUCCUGGAGGCAUGGAGGCUGUGUGCAGCUGGACCUCCUGCCCUGCUCUGCUGCACAGCACCGGUGUGCUGCUGCUGCAGGUGUGUUCUUCCCGUGCUCCUCACCACCUCUGGGAGAUAAAGUGCUGCAAAGAAAUUUCUGGGUUUGCCUUAAGACCUUCAGUGAAGCCAAAGCUGUAGUUCAUUGCAUUUUGUUGUCGUUGAGUUUUCUGUUCAAAUACAUACCCGAGAGUGAUUGACCAUGCAGGUUGUUGCUGGAUUGGAUCAGUGAGAGAUGCCAAGGAGGACCAUGAUAUCAAACUGUGAAAUGCAGGGGAUACCAAGAAGGCUAAGCAUGAGGGUGUAGAUUUGUUUCAGUACAUGGCUGUGCCAUGGCUGUGCAUGUGGCCAGCAGGCUGAAUUUGGCCUUAAGCUGUUAAAUUCACUUGGGAAGCCAACGGAAGGUCAGGGCUUGGCAGUGUAGGGAUGGAUCUGUGCACUCAGGAUAUACUUUGCUGGAGUAAGCAGGUACCAUAUAUAAAUAAGAUGUGGGCUCAAGGUAUUACCUCUGCUAACUGGAUUCAUGUUCUUGUUACUUUCUUUCAUUAUUUUUUACUUGAAAAGUUGCUUUUGGAUAAUUCUGUGAAACUUCUUACAAUGCUACAUCCAGGUCUCACGUAACAAAA